AAGCAUAUUGUUAAUAUUUAUGCUAUAUAUUGGGAUCCAGAAAUAAUACAAGAUGUUUUUUUCCAUAAUUAAUAAAAUUAUAGUUCUAGGAAUAUUAAUUUUAAUUGUUCCUACUUAUGGCAAUCAAAGUACACAUUUGAAAACUAGAGAUUCUAAAGUAAGCGUAGAAAAUACGCCGUUUAAGGAUUUUGUUGUUGAGGAUGAAGAUAUCAUUGCUUAUAUUUCGAAAGAAGAUUAUAAAGAUAAAGAUAAAUGCGAAGCAAUGCUUAAUGAAUAUUGUGAAGAAUUGAAAGGAAUAGAUUCAGAAUUAAAUAAAGUUCAUAGUAAAGUUAAAGAAAUUUGUAAUAAUGUAAAACAAAAAUGCACAGAUACGAAAGCAAAGAUUCAAAAAAAAGUCGAUGAAGCUCCAGAUUUAGUCGUUAAGUAUGUGCAAAUAGACAUCUCUUAUAAAGAAUGCGAUCAAUAUUAUCAAACAUGUAUGUUUUAUGAAACUACAAAAGAGCCAUAUGUUUUAGAUUUCUGCAAUAUCCUUAGAUAUUUAUGUUAUUUUUUCAGGAAUACAGAGAUGAGAAAUGAAGUCAUUCUUAGAGCUUUUCCUACUAGUAUUAUUGAAUCUAAAGAUUUCCAGGAAAAAAAGCAGGAAAUUUGUCCAACAUUGAUUAAAAAGGGUGAUGAUCUAGCCUCAUUAUGCCUUAAAGAUAUUUCACUUGAAAAUUUCAAUAAAAGUAUUGAUGGGUUUUGCAAUUCUUUAAAAGAUCUCAUUAAUGAUAAUAAAAAAGAAGAAGUAUGUCAUGAAAAACUCGGAAUAUAUCCUCUUCUCAAAGAGAGAUGUAAAGAGAAAAACGAGAAAUUGAAGAAACUAUGCGAGGGAGAGAAUAUUACAUAUAGGCCUCCAGUUAAAAAUUUUAAUCCGAUUGAGCAGGAAAUGGCAUUGUUAGAGGAGAUUGAUCUGGAAAAUCUUUAUAAAGAAGGAAGAAAUAGAGGGCUAAUUCUUGGAGCUUUAGAAAAAACGUUGGAUGACAUGUUAACCUUUUUGUCUCGGAGUAUUAGCCCUGAUGAUAUGGAAAAAAAAUGCAAUAACAUACUAAAUACUAAGUGUACUUAUCUUAAAACUAUAAGUUCUGAAUUUAAAGAAUUAUGUGAAAAAAAUAAAUAUCAAGAAAAAUGUAAAGAUAUAUCAAAAGCAACGAAUAGGUGUACAAAGCUUAGAAUAAGACUUUAUCUAGAUGGAACUUCUACAAAAUUUGAAAAUAAAACGGGAUUAUUGUCUUAUGAUGAGCUUUCGACAUCAUUUAGCGAGAAUGAAUGUUUAGAGGUUAUCUCGGAAUGUACGUAUAUUAAAGGAUUAUGCCAACCUGAUAUACUUAUCGAAUGCCAAAAUCUAAUGAUUGCAUGUCAUAAAAAGAAACAAGAUCUACUAUUCAUUAAAUUAAUUGGAAGUGAGUUGUACAAACUUAAUAAAUUAGAAUCGAAUGAUGAAAGAUUUAAUAAAUGCCAAAGAAUAGUAUUGGAAAAGUGCGCUACACUUGAAAAUAAUAAUGUUGAUAUUUUUUUGAGAUGCCUUCGGCCAAAGGAGAUAUGUCUUAGAUUUGAAAAAAUUAUUUCGUCUCAAUUGAAAGAUCUAGAACAAGUUUUGAAUGAAGUACGGGAUUCUCCUAAUGAAAAGGACUGCAUUAAAUUGAAAGAGGAUUGUGAAGGUAUUUUGAAAGAUUUAGGUUUAAAUAAUGGGAAAUGCGUUACAUUGAAAGAGCGAUGUGAAUAUUUUAAAGUUACAAAAGAACUGAAAUGUGUGUUUUUCAAAGAAAAAAGUGAUGCAUUAGCGGAUAAUCAAAAAUGUAUGAAAGCUUUGAGGAAUAAAUGCCAUAAAUUAUUUAGAAAAAGAAAUAAUAUAUAUCAUGUUUCAUGCGCUUUACCAGAAGAAACAUGUAGAUUUAUGGUUUCGGAAGCUAAGAAUCAUUGCAAUAUUUUUAAAAAGAACAUGGAAAAACAUGGAAUUAUUAAUAAAACUAAAGAUUCAAAUGAAACAUUGGUUGAAGAAACCUGCAUGGUAUGGGAUCCAUAUUGUGAUCAACUUAUGGAGAAUUGUCCAGAGACGUUAAAAAAUAAUUCCAGUAGCGCUGAUGGGAAAGGAGUCUGUUUACAACUGAAAGAGAACUGCGAGCCAUUCUGGAAGAAAAAACAAUUGGAGGAUGGGCUGACUCAUGAGUUGAAAGGCACUUUAAACGAGAAAGAAAAAUGUAAAGAAGCAUUAGGAGAGCGUUGCGCUGAGUUGAAAAAGAAUGAAAGAUUCGGAACUCUGCUUAAUAAAUGUGAAGAUAAAACUUUCGAAGAACUUUGCAAAAAAUUGGUUGAAAAAGUACAGAAGAUAUGCCCUACUUUAAAAAUCGAACUGGAUAAAGCGAAAAAAGAAUUGAAUGAUAAGAAAGAUGAAUACGAAAAGGCCAAACAGGUGGCAAAAGAAUCUAGGAAGAAAGCUAACUUAUUGCUAUUGAUACCUCGACAAACUGUAAUGCCAAGUGCGCAGAAUAGCAGUGGUUCUGUACCAGCACAGCCACCACUAGCACCUCCAGCAGCACCAGAAGCACCAGCAGCAGGAUCAUCUUCUACAUCAAGUGGAACACCAAACGCAGCAGAUGGAACGAAAGGGAAUACAAAACUUGGACUUGUUAAAAGAGCGUAUGUAGCUGGAGGAGUAUCAGAAGCAGAGGUAAAGGCAUUUGAUGACACGGCAAUAGCAAUGGAGUUGUAUUUGGAAUUGAAAGAAGAAUGUAAAGCUUUAGAAUUAGAUUGCGGUUUUAGAAAGGAUUGCCCGAAUUCUAAAGAAGUUUGCGGAGAAAUAGACACGUUAUGCGAAGAAAUAAAACCAUUAGAAGUUACGCCUUGUCAUGCAGGGACAAUAAUAAAAGAAACAAUGACAAAAUUGCAAACGACGGAUAUAUGGGUGACGAGUACGUCGAUAGUGACGUCAACAGUCACGUCGACCUCAAUGCGCAGGUGCCAACCUACAGAAUGUAUCACUGAUAAAGGAGGAAAAGAAGAAGUAAAACCAAAUGAUGGGAUGAAAAUAAGAGUUCCUGAUAUGAUUAAAAUAAUGUUGUUGGGAGUGAUUGUUAUGGGGAUGAUGUAA